AUGGUUGGAUUCGUUUUGGUAGCUAUUGGAAGGAAGAGCGGGGUCACCCCAAGCCACAUCACCAACAGCUUCAAAUGCAUCUUCCCCCUACUGGAACAGAACAGUCCAUUCGUUCCGAGACUACAGAAGUGUAUCAAAAAGUUCCAGAGAUCUCUGUUGAACAUCGAGAUCCGUCAAACGUACCAUAGCAUCCAGCAGUUCCGAAAUAUACGGAGAAACCUCAAGGAGUCCAUUUCGGCCGCCGUUCCACCAUCUAUCGCGGAGAAUUUCUUCUCGUAUCAAGACAAUUUCUUUGAUACCAACGUCGCCUCUACAACCACCGUCACGAAACGCAAAUUCGAAAGACUUCUCACGACCACGGCUCAACAUUGCAAUCCUAAAAACAUCGCAGUGAAUAGAAAAGCUGUUCACAACGCCACUUCUAAGUCUCUGCCUCCUGAGGCGGAAAUCAUUCUGAGCUUUGGUCCAAAGUUCGCACUGCCAUAUCGGUCGCUGAAUGAAAUCCCCUUCAACCACGUAAUAGCGGACUUGGAGAAUGUGUUGGAAUCCGUCACUGACAAGCACGACAAAGAGCGGACUCGUUGCACGUCUGUGAAUGUCAUUCAAAACUUCAUUCACAGGUUCAAAGAUAACGAACCGAAUAUGCAAUACCGUCAUCUAACACACGCCUACAAGGUCACAGAACGAUUCAUCAAAACAAACUCCGAUAUCGUUAUCGUAGAGUCAGACAAGGGAAAGCAAACCGUGGUGAUGUAUGAGAAGGAGUACGAUACGAAAAUGCGAGAAAUGCUAGCCGAUGAGAACACAUACCUAGUCACCAAUCGGAACCCAACGACAGGAUAUCAACAAAAGAACAACAACUUCGUAUCCAGACUUCGAAAUCUGGAGCUGAUUGACGCAAAAACAGCUUUCCAGCUUAAGACCAAUACAGCCCAAUGUCCGAGAAUAUACGGGUUACCAAAAGUACACAAGCCGAACAUGCCACUUCGUCCGGUGGUAUCCAACAUUGGUGCACCCACGUAUAUGCUAUCCAAAUACGUCGGUCGGAUUUUGCAAUCGUCGAUCAACAGCAACUAUAACAUCCGUGAUUCGUUCUCUUUCUGCACCUUUAUCAAUUCCGUUUGUUUACCAGAAAACCACAUUCUGGUAUCGUUCGAUGUCAUCUCACUUUUCACGUGCAUCCCGCGUGACAUGAUACCCGGAAUCAUCAUAGAGAGAUGGGAGGAAAUCAAAAAGCAUACGCAAAUCAACCUGGACCUGUUCCUCGAGAUCGUUAAUUUCUGUCUCGAGUGUAGUUAUUUCUCAUACAGAGGAAAUUACUACAAACAGAUCUUCGGCACAGCAAUGGGCAGUCCGCUGUCCCCCAUUAUUGCAGACCUGGUGAUGGAAUCCCUCCUGGAUAAUGUGGUGAGCCGUCUAAACUUUCCCAUACCUCUCAUAAAGAAGUAUGUGGACGAUCUGGUCCUAGCACUACCACCAGACAAGGUAGUAGAGGUGAUGAACGUUUUCAACAGUUUUAAUGAAAAUAUACAGUUCACAUACGAAAUGGAAGAGAAUGGCAGACUCCCCUUCCUGGACAUGGUCUUAGUCCGUCAGCAGGAUCAAACAAUUCGUACUGAAUGGUACAGUAAACCUAUGUCAUCCGGUCGUCUGUUGGACUUUCUGUCGGCUCACCCACUACAUCUCAAAAUGAACACGGUCAACAACUUUAUGCGAAGAGUACGUGAAUUCACCACAAAUCUAUCCAACGAGGCGGCGGAUAAUACGAUAGACGUCAUCCUGAAGUUAAAUCACUAUCCAGCACCCCUGCGACACCGUUUGCUGAAUAGAGGAAUUGCUCGAAGAACGAAUACUCCUCCCUCAGAUGAGACUCAAGUCGUCUAUAAAUCUAUGCUGUUUGUAAACGACCUAACACAACGUUUGAGUAAGUCACUCAAAGCUGCACUACCAAAUGUUGUUCUUGCGGCACGAUACGAGAAAACCACCAAACGACUAUACACCAACACGAAGGACGUCAUACCCCCAGAGAUGCGGAACAACGUCAUCUACCGUAUCCCUUGCAAUGAUUGUGCAGCCAGCUAUGUAGGGUUAACGACAACCCAACUGAAGAAACGCAUCAGCGGACAUCGUUCAACCAUAAACCAGCUUGAAGAACUAGUGAUUAGCAACAGCGACAGUCCAACGACGAAAUUUGAAAUAGAACGGUUGAGGGAAAAAACGGCACUUCUGCAACAUAGCAUUGACGAACAACAUCGGUUCAAUUUAGAAAAAACACAGAUCUUAGAUCAACACAGAAGGCAAACAGCUCUUCCUAUUCUCGAGGUUCCACACAUAUUCACCACUUAG